AUGCAGUCCCAGUCAGAGCAGGCCGGGCCCCUCCUGCUGCAGCUGGGGCCCCAGAGCCGCAGGGAUCUCUGCUGGCAUCUGCUUCGCGGUGCCUGCUUUCUCCUGCUGGGGGCGCUGCUGGGCACGGUGCUCUACGGGUACUCCCACAGACAGGUGGAAGAUGAGGCUGGACGGGGGGUGAGAGGCUCUGAAGACGCCGUCGCCCCCUGGACCGCCCUGGGGCACCGCGCCGACCGGACCCACACGCCCGCCGCCCAUCUCGUAGGGCACCCUGGCCCCUCCGGCGAGCGGCUCCGCUGGCGAAGCGACGUCGACGCCUCCUUCACCCGGGGCGGCUUCCGCCUGGCCAACGACUCGCUGGUGGUGCCGGCCUCCGGCAUGUAUUUCGUCUACUUCCAGGCAUCCUUCCUGGGGGCCGCCUGCCCCACAGCGGACGAGCCCCUGGUCCUGGCGCACCGCGUGCUGCUCUUCUCCAACACCUACCCCCGAGACGUCCCCAUCCUGAGCGCCCACAAAACGGCCUGCUCCGGGGGGGGUCCCUGGUACCGCUCCCUCCACCAGGGGGCAGCGUUUGCCCUGCAGGAGGGGGACCGGCUGUCCACGCAGACGGAGGGGGAGGUGCAUCUGCUGUCCGGCCAGGGCACCUUGUCGUUCGGGGCGUUUGCCCUGUGACGCGCCUGCUGGGUUUUGGGGUGGGGUCGCCCUUAUGCGCUGAGGGUGGGCUGGAGCUCCUGGGGGUGUCUUUGAAGGGUUUCACUUUGCUGUACCCCAAAAUGAUUAGUGUGCACACAUUGAUGGGGCACCCCUGGGAUCAGUGUUCUGCAAUGUGGGGUUGGAGGUGUAAGAACAGCCAUGCGGUUUAAGAGGAUCCUCAAAAUAUUGUCGGGGUUCCAGUUAAUGUACCCCCAAACUUUCUGCACACUCACACCCCAUUUAAUGCUCUGGGUGCACUAGGAUUUGGGGGGAUUUUAAUAGCAGUUCUAUUAAUGGGGAAUCCUCAGAAUAUUUGGGGGGUCAACUGUACCCCUAAAUUAUCGGGGUGUCCCUCAAUUUUAGUUUAUAAGCUGUUCUGCCAUGUGGGGGUGACUGUAUUAACCCCACCCCCAGUAGAAGGGGGACGCAGCUGAGUUUUUGGAGGGGUUCAGGAUUAGACACUCCAACUUUAUUGGGGUCCCUUUUGAUUUAAUUAAGCGGUGGAGCUGGGAUUUGGGGUGUAGGUGAGAUUUUGGGGGACUCAGGAUUGUUUCUUGCAGCUGUUCCCCUUCAAAAGUGGGGCCACAGUGACACUAAUUGGGUGAAAACACAGACAUAUUUGGGGGGGUUCUGGGAAUAGACACCAAAUUAUAGGGCUGUCCGUUGCUAGGUGAUCAUAAUGUCCUCCUGGAUUUGGGGUGUGUGGGUGAAUGCAACACCCCCACACAUUGUUAGAGAGAGAAUUCUGGGGUGUAGCUUCUUCAGCCUCCCCCCCAGCACCCCAAAAAACGUGUUUUCAUCCAAAGCUCCCCCACUUGGAGCUGGGGCAGCCCCACUGACAGGAGACCUGCCUGAGAGUUUUCAGGGGGCACGUGACCCCCCAAAGUUACUGGGGUACAUCUCUCUGUUCCUGGGGGUGCCCAAGUCUAGGCCCCACCCCCAGCGGGGGGGCUGCGGAUCGGGGAAAU